AGCAGAAAUGAAAUGCUUUGCAUACAAAGCAAGAUAACUAAUUAUGCUGCAUUUCUGUUUGUUAUACAAUAGGUCCUGGGUCCUACUGGAUACCAACUACAAUAUCUACCUGUUCCGGGAGGGAGUACUGAGGACCGCAUCAGAAAGCUAUAAUGCAGACGACCUUGACGCAACCCUUGGACAUCUGACCAACCACUGCCUACAACUUGAGUUAUCACCAAACUUUGGCGCAUAUGAGGAGGGAAAUGAGAUGUUUUAUGAUGAAUUCAACAGAUAUUUGUGGAAAAAGUCUUUUGUUACCAUGGAGACGGCAAUUAUACCACAGAUAAAAGAAAUAAUUAAGAAAUGUUUGUCCAUAGUGAAAGAGCGUAUAUGUACCAGUUGUCUAGGAUACCAGAGUUUCCAGCUGUUCGGCUUUGACUUCAUGUUGGAUGACGACUUGAAGAUUUGGCUACUGGAAAUCAAUGGAGCACCUGCUUGUGCACAGAAGCUGUUGCCAGACCUGGCACGGAGUCUAGUACAGACAGCUAUUGACCCGAUUUAUCCGCCAUCAGACCCAGGAGGAAGGGGAGAAAAUUGGUUUAAUCGUAUCACAUAAUCUAGGAAUAUAGACUUAGAAGAUUAUUUUGUUUCGCUGAACAUUCCAUGUGAAUUUUCUUUGACCUGGAUGAUCCUAGCAAGUUUUUUAAUUGUUUAGAAACUUAGUCUCUGGUGUUGUUGUGAAGAUGUGUUCUUGAUAGUGUUAUCUAUAGUAUCAUAGUAAGUAACUUAGGUGAUAUAAACGGUAUGUAAACACUUUGUAUGUUAAAAAUAUGUUGCCCAUCGAAAACUACAAGACAAGCACUGUGUUUUCCAGAGUAAUGUAAUAACACUAAGAUUUUACGGACGUCCAUCCAUCAUUCUGUCCUUCCGUCUCUCCAUCUGUCUCUCCUUGAUCCCUGUAAGCACAACUCCUUCCUAACCGAAUGGUUUUUUUUCGUAACUUUACUCAGUAAAUGAACAUCAAAUGUAGAUGAGCAGGAAGAAAGGAAUUGGUAAUUUGACUAUUUCUUCUGGAGUUAUCGCAUUUCAAACUUUCUGCUCCAGAAAUCUUGUAGGCCCAACUCCUCCUUAAUAGUUUUCUGGAAAUUUUUGGCACAGUAAAAAUACAUCAUAAUUUUCAUUUUGUAAAUGAAUAUUCUGCACAUGUAUUACUGCAAAAUGCAAAACUAUGUAUACAGGGGGAAAUCAGUGUAAGUCUUUAAAGACUACAUGAGGCCUUAAGUCUGAGCUUUUUUCCUGUCAUUUGCUGAACAUGUGCUGAAGGGCUAUUCAAUCAAAUAGAUAACAUUGACCCACUUAAAUGCUCUAUUAAACUAUUUUGAGUCCCCUUGGCUUAAGGCCAAUGUUCCUCAUCUUACAAAAGAAAAAAACUGGGUGCAUGAUCAAUUGGUAUGUGCACAUAAAGUUAAUACAAGAUAAUGUGAAUCUCAUUAUAUUAGCUCAAUAUAUGUUUUAUAUUGUUUACAAAAGGUCACUUUACUGAGAAAUCCCUGUCUGUUUAGUCACUUGGAUUGAGUGGACAUCUUUUAUCUUAGCAAGACAACAUACAUGAGAUGAAGACACAACCAUCAACAUUGAUGGAGCCUUCGUAAUAAUAAGAAGAAUGUGGUGAGGAUCCCUGUCCUGCUGCAGUGGGAUUGUACACAGUAACCUCCCUUCAACUUUCGUUUAGAUACAACUGUCUGCAGCACAAUUUGACUAGGACACUUCUGCUGUCCAGGUAGCUCAAUCUUUAGAGUGAUUCCUGGUCUAGCCCUGCAAAUAUUUUACACUCACAUCUCUUGUUGAUUAAUAUUUUGUUUAUUUUAUAUCCAUUAUUUCUCAUACAAGUCCGGCAAGGUAUGGUUUUCUUCUCAAAAAUGGUUUAUCAAAUAAAGCUUUAAGUCAUAUGCAGGAAAAACCAUUUCCAAUAUUUCGUUACAGUGUUUGGUGCAGGGAUCCUUAAGUUUAUAUAUCCGUAGAGAGGCUGCCUGUGAUAUGAUUAUCCCUUUAUUUCUGUUAGAUACUGGUGACGUCGCUCAGGGGAGACAACACCUCGGACACUCACACAACUAACACAGUGGCUGUCAAAAAUGAUCCAAACAAGGAACUUCAAAAAUCAGUGUCACAGGUUUAUUCUGAGAAAUUUUGAUAUUUAUGUUUGUUUAUUUGAAAAAAAAUAAGAAAAAUAAACAGAUGGCAUAAUGGUCCUGUAACGCUCAUUACUAAUGAUGACUAAAGUAAAACCUGGAUGGGCUUUAUGUUGGUUUGUCAGAAAAUGCAGUGUGUGACAGGACCAUAACACCAUUUGUUACUAGGUAAACCAUUCAUUGCUUAUAUUUACAUUUUUUUAGAGUAGUUAUACUUUAUUAAGUUAUCUCACUCUCCUAGCUCAGUGAAAUUCUUACAAAGUUAAGUCAGUGGUUUCCUAGUCAGAUUAGUGAUGUGACAGUAGUGGUCAUGUGACUUAAUGGUGUUAAAGUCUUAACAACACAUGUAUUGUACCCUCUGUGGAUUGUAAUGGGAGAAUGUAGAACAAAGGAUUUAUGUAAAUAGUGGUUUGUAUGGGUAUAUAUUGGUUUUAAAAUGAUGAUUAAGGAAUGAUAGAAAUCAACUUUUUUGAAAUAUUUUUGUAAACUUUUCAUAUGCUACCGGCACUUAAUUUUUCACAAACACUUAUUUACGUGAUUGGUCUUCCAACAACAUAUUCACAGGGAUUUGAAUUCAGGAAUGUGAGAUAUUUGAAUUUAGCUCUUCCUGUAUCAAUGCGAAAUAAAUAUGAAGUGAUUUAUUGUUUGCGCAAUGUGCGCAAACAAUAAAGUGCGCAAAAUGUUUCAUUAAAGAUAUUUAUAGGCUUCUGAUGGUGUAGAACUCUUUUUGAAGAGAGACUUUAGUUACUGUAACCACUGUAGCAUAUCUCCUUAAUCAGUAGCAUUCUAUUGCAUAAUGUAAGUCAUGUAUUGUGUCACUUGUAUUAGGAUUCAAAAUGGUCGUCUGAGAACAAUAACCCUGUCAAUUAUAAAGACCAAGAUCCUUGUUAUUGUAUUUUUUUUAAGAUUAUUUUUAUAUGCCCGUCGAAGACGGGGACGUAUUAUGUUUUCACGUGA